AUGGAGGCUGCAGGGCAGGGUUGGGGGGCAGCUCGGGACCCAUCAGGCCAUCAGCGCUGUUGUCAACCCAACAUCAAGGCAGUGGCAAGAAGGUACAUCCCCCAUCCUCAACUUCUCCAGGUAGGCCCAGGCAGCUGGGCAAGGAGUGGGUCACAGAGGGAGAAGAAGCUUCUAGACUCACCUGUUCACAGGUUUCCACGGUGUGCUUCCCCCCCGGGAGGGGGCCGAGCCAGCGGCAAGCAGCUCGGGGAUGCUUUGGGCUAUUCUGCCCCUCUCUCCGACGCGACGGAGAGGGCUGUCCGCUGCCCGUCCCAGCGGGGCACUCAGGGCGGGGGCACGGCCGAGGGCAGGGGAAGCAGGGAGAUGCGGCGGGUCCCCGCCGCGCCAAGUGCCGGCAGCCGGGUGGCUGCGUUCUCGCUCGCCGCAGAUUUUAAGACUAACAUCCUAUGUGCUCCAGCUCCCAGAAAAGGAAAAUGUGGAGAAGAAAAGGUUAUUGCCUUAAACAUCUAUGAAGCAAAUGGGCCAUAUGCUAUUGCAGAAGAAAGGAACGCGAGAGUAGGAGGGAGAGAAGAGAAAGACCAGGAGAGUGUUGGAAGAUCUCCCCCCCCUGCAGCUGCCAAGUGCAGCACAAGUUCCCCACAGCUUGCUGCUCCUACCCUGCUCCUCCUCCUCCUCAAGAGAAGCACUGCUGCUCCUAUCCUGCUCCUCCUUCUCCUCAAGAGAAGCACUGCUGCUCCUACCCUGUUCCUCCUCCUCCUCAAGAGGAGCACUGAAACCUGCAGCCACAUCUGUGGAAAUGCAUUCACACAGCAAGGCUUGGACUACGGUCACACGGAGAAAUUUGCUUCAGUCAUUGUGCUUCCGAAAAUGUUAUAG